GAUAGUAAUCACGACGAAAAGCAGCUCUCGUGCACGCGGCCGCUCUCGUUUCCAUUCAUUUCGCGUCCGACACAAGUCAUGCCGACACCUCUUCUCCUGCUCUUCGCACUCGUCGCCGCCGCCACAGCCGGCUACGACGGCCCUGGCGUGAUGCAGGUGCAGGUGGAGGGCUUCUUCAACUCGGAGGGCAGAGAGGCGAGUGGCCGGUGCUGCGUUCCUCCUCCAGAAAACGAAACCCUGACGGCAACCAAUUGUGCCGGCGAUUGUCGCACCUUCUUCAGGGUGUGCGCGGCCAGGGUCGGUCCCAACUGGCCUGACGAGCCCGACCUGCGCCAACACACGCUCGCCUGUCCCCUCGGACUGCUGGUCACGCCCGCCAUUGCCGGAAAUUCCCUCGAGCCUCGCAGGGACGGACUGCUCCUCAUGCGGUUCCCCUACGUCCAAUGGCCGGGUAAAGUGAAGCUGGUCAUAGAGGCGUGGCACGACGUCGUCGGAAACCUGUUUGGGAAGGACCCUUACGACUCUCCUGAAGCAGAGAAGGUGGCAAAGCUGAUCGUGCGUGUUGAGCGGCGGCACAAGCUGGUCUACGGCCAGGAUUGGCUCAGACGGAGCGUGCGCGUCAACCUGCCACCGCGUGGUCCGCAACGCAAGUCCAACCUGCGCAUCACCUUCACGUACGCCCUUCGCCUCACCUCUCCGUCCGCCCCAACCACGACUAGCACGACUACCUCAACCACAACCACCACCACCACGACUACAACGACCACUGAGAGGCCGGAGAGUAAGGAUACGACGUCACCAGGAUUGGUCAUGUCAUCCUCAGCAGUCGUCGGCUACACGCCGGUCGUCCUUCAGGGCAACAAUCACCAGCAGGCGACCACAGAAGCUCCGGAGAGGGAGUUCACGCUUCUGACUAAUACCUUUAAACCGGAAGAGGUGGUCACCGCCACCAUGAUCCAUCCUGCCACCCCUUCCACGCCUCAGGAGUCCGAGGAAGACAGAUUUACACCUGUGGGCAUAAUCCCUCAACCUCCAAAACGGUGGCCGACGGCUCCACCUGCGAUUCCGUCAGGCUAUCAACCUGAAGGUUACUACCCUGAGACGACGACGAUGACGACGACAACCACGCGCCCACCUUCCGUCGUGUUGCAGCCCGUCAGCAGCGUCUUUGUGCAGCAGUUGGUGCCCAAGAGACCUACCGACGCGCCAGGAAAAACUGUCCUGGCGCAGGAGGCAGAGGAGGAGGAGGAAGAACUUACCCUGAUACAUCCCCCCUCCAAGUUUGUCCCGUACAGUUACCCGACGACGCUUCAAGAUGAGGUGGAGACAACGACCACUCCUUCCACCGCCGUCUCUGAGGAAGAAGAAUCGACGGAGGCGUCCGUGAAGGCAGCGACGAACGCCACAGCCCACGUCGUGCUGGGCAAGCAGCCCGACUCGUCAGAAGAAAGCUCGGAAGAGGCGUCUGAGGAGAGCACCGAGACGGACGAGGAGCGCCUUUUCGACUACGUCGUUUACCCUGACACCUUGUUGUGAAAUUAUUAAGUGUCACAUUAAUUGUACAGUAAUUUAUAUAAAAAAAUGAAUUG